ACGAUGGCAACGUAUUUGGAGAAAUUAUACUUUUGGUUUCUCUUGGGUCCAAUUAUCACAUUGGAAUGGCUCCGACGAAAAAAAAAGCUCUGUUGGGCGACAACGGCGCCAGUUAACGAGGAGUCUGGUAACGAGGAAGUAGUUGAAGAUAGUCGAGGACAUUACAUACAACUCGGGAUACGUGGGGAUAAUGAAGGUGAAUUACGACCUCUAAUCCGCGUUACGAGUAAUACUCGAACUGAUUAUGAUAUGACAAUAAGUAAUAACAUGCGUAUUUUAAGAAUUAUAGUGCGUAUUGCGAAGUUUUUCUAUUUUACGGUUUACAAUAUGAUGUGCACAGUUUGCAAUUUCCUUUUUAUUAUCAUCCUCAACAAACACAAAGUUGUCACAAGGUAUGUGUUCUACAUCAGUGUGUGUAUGAUCUGUGCUUAUGUUGAAAGUGACAUAGUAGCUGUGUUUUAUUUCAUCCUCAAUUCUCAAGGUUCCCUGAACAACUUAAAACUCACUGCUCUUCGCACUGUAGCACUUGGCCUCACUUUGAACCUGAGUUUCAGUUCUUCAAUGCACAUAAUCCGCAAACUUAUGAGGCCACAGGAGUCUGUAUUCGCGGGACUGUCAGAGAAGUGAGUCAUGGUUUUUUAAUUGUAU